CACCCCCAAUAUUAUAACUCUCUCUCUCUCUCUCUCUCUCUCUCUCUCUCUCUCGGGCUUUCAGUUUGUACUUUGAAAUAAGAGAGGAGGACCCUUUUGUUUUGUGUCACAAGCAAAUCCCAACUUCCAAUCCAAACUGAGAAAAAGUGAUUUGUGUCAGAGUUUGUUGUACUAGGAUAAGAAUCCCCGCCACACACCCAGAUUUUAACUUCUCUUAGCUUUCUCUUUGCCUUCUGGUUUUUCCUUUUCUUUCCUUUCUCUUUACCGUUUUUGGUUUAGGAUCUCCGCUCUUCCUUGUACGUAUUUUCACGUGCCCACAGCACAGCCAUGACACCACGCGAAGGCACCAUCUUCACCGCCAAUCCUCUUACUAAGAUGAAUUUUGCUCGCAGAUUUUUGAGAUCCUUGUCCAGGAUGAGGAAGGCCGGACCGUCUUCAGUAUGCGUGAUGAGAAAGCGAAGCGAGAGAAUAAAGAUGGCGGCUUAUUGGUGUAUGGCUCGUGCAGUUGGGCCGAGGAGGGCUUGGAGCCGAGCCAUUCUGAUGAAGCUGAGCCGAAGGAGACGACAUCACCAUCAUUUCUCGAUGAUGAUGGCGAGGAGAAGGAUGAGGGGAAAGAUCAUCAGUAGUAGAUCAAGAUGGUCAUCAGGUAAGAUCAAUAAGACGAAUAAGAAGAAGAAGAAGAAUAGAACUGGUGAUUCUCGUCCUCAUGAUGAAGAUGACGAUGACGAUGACGAUGGGCUCAUGAAAAGGCAGACAGACAAACUAAGAGAAGUAGUGCCGGGAGGGAAGCUGAUGGAUAUUUGCAACUUAUUGGAGGAAACUGCUCAUUUUGUGACUUGCCUUGCUUCCCAGGUUCACGUCAUGCAAACCAUAGCUCAUCACUCUUCCUAGUGACUCUUCAUCAUUCCUUCAUAUGAAGGUGAUGAUCGUGACAAGCAUCUCACAGACAUGAAUUGAAAAUGGAAGAUUUUGGAAUUUAUUAAGCUGAUGCCAUGAUCAUGAUCAGAUGGAGGGGAAGGGGGCCGAUAUAUACAUCACAGGUAUAUAUUAGUUGCUUACACAUCUCUGACAAGGAUAUCAUCAUCGUAAGGAUACAUACAUACAUGCAUACAUAUUCCUUAUAUAAUUUCAGCCGUAAUAAUAUAUAUGCCUCUUCAUCACGGGUAAAUGCUACACACACUUACGCAAAUCUCUCUCUCAUAAAAUUAGAAUUUGGUGGGAUCUGUUGAAUACAUGUAUUGGGCGUUUGUGGUAAGAUAAUAUAUGUGAGAGAGGGGUAGAGAGAGAGAGAUGCAUGAAUAUAUCUAUUGGUUCGUGUAUUUGAUGCACAUCCUUUGUAUUCUCUCUAACACAGUUAUUUAAUUAAUUUUGAGAUUGUUGUUUAAUUAGU